UCUCUUCGUGGACAGUGGGGUGGGAGGGCCUGUCAGCGUCCGCCUUGGGUGGUGCGUGUGGAAUACAAGCGGGAGGACAGCGUGAAUGGGUGUUCUUUUCCAGGGGAGCCCUAAAGGGUGGGUAACAGUGUAUGUGCGGUUGGGGUACUUCUGGCUUCAAUCAGGAGAGUCUCUUGUGCUUAGUGGUUAAAGAUCCCUAGAGGUCAACGAUUUAGUCCCGAGGGCACGUGUUGGGGUCUUUGCCGUUUACUCUCUAUAGGGCUAAGUGAUUGCGAACUGGAGGGUGGUGUUUGUCAGUGAAUGCUGUUUGUGGUUCGGGUUUUGUUUGGGGCUAAAAGAUGGAGUAUCUGUUUCGGGAUUAAUGGACAGGAGUCUCUGAGAUUAAUCCGGGUGGUGGUAGUAAUCAUUUGGGGGUACAGAUGCGUGUAUGGGCUGAUACUUUGGAGGCCCGAGUACUUGGCCGCUGCGUGUGUUGAGCUCCAACCUCGGCCUGUAUAACAGAUGUGAUGGACGUUAACGUUACCCUUCUGCCGUUUAGGUCGGUCCGAGUCCCUUCUUCACCACUAGUUUUAAAAUCCUCUUUGGCACCCAACAUCACCCCGUACUCUUAAACUCUCAGAAAUGAAGGUUUUUGGCAAGAUGAAUGAUCCAGAGAUCCACCAGAUGAAUAUCUAAUAGCAGUAUGUUUUACGAUACUUAAGAUGCAGCUUUUAUCCUUUGUCCUGCAAGAGUCCUGCACGUUCCUCUUGGCUAUUUCUUUUCAGAUUCUGUCUAAAACAAGUAAAAUAACAUCUCUGUCACCGUGAGUUCUGUUCCCAAAGGACAAUGCUUGUAAAAUUUUAGUGUAUUUCAGUUUUAGGCGUUUAUAUCAUGUCCUUCAUAUUCAUAAUUCAGAUAAAUUGCGUAAAUGGUACUAUGAUUUUCUCUUUCACUUUAUUUCAUGGAAUAUAGAUUUACAAAUUAUUUUAAAUGAGUGAACUGGUGGUAUUAUAAGUAGGUUUAUAUUCAGUGACUGCAUACUUUUAUAUAGACAUGAAAUAUUUAAAAUACUUAGGUGUCAUUUUUUGGAACAUUUUAUGAUUAUGCAUUUGCCCAUGGAUUUGUUCCCUUGCCUUUCAUCUCCAGCCUAGACUACUUAUUUUAAUUGCAAUUGUAAACAUAUUAUUAUUUGCUAACUCCCGUUUCCUUAUAAUUUUCUACAACAUAAAAGAACAGUUGACUUUAUUUAUUUAUUUAUUUUUGGCUGAUUUUUUAAAAAUUGAAGUAUAGUUGAUUUACAAUAUCGUGUUUCACGUGUACAGCACAUUGAUUCAGUUAUACAUGUAUAUAUAGAUAUCUUUUUCAGAUUCUUUUCCCUUCUAGGUUAUUACAAAAUAUUGAGUAUAGCUCCCUGUGCUAUACAGUAGGUCCUUGUUGGUUAUCUAUAUUACAUAUAGUAGUGUGUGUAUGUUAAUCCCAUCCUCCUAAUUUAUCCUCUCCCCACGCCCCCCAGCAAUUAACUUUAAAUAUUUAUGUUUGGUCACCUUACUAAAUUCUUAAACCUACAAUAUCUUUCUUUCCACCCACCAUUUUAGUGUGAAAAUUUUCAAACAUACAGAAAUAUUGAAAGGAUUUUAUAUUAACCACCCAUAUACCUACCACUUAGGCUUUAUUAUUAAUAGUACUAGACUUGCUCUACCAGUUAGUUACCUAACCCUCUGUUCAUCCUUCUGUUCAUGUAUCACUCUUUUGUUGUUGUUGGUUUUGGUAUAUUUCCAAGUAAGUUGCAGACCUCUACCAUUACUUUAAAUACUUAUUCAAUCACAUGAUUAAUUACAGUUCUACUAACAGCCUUUUACUUGUUUCCUUUCUUUAUGUAAUGAACAGACAUCUUAUUUACAAAUAAUUUUGGCCUGGUGUGGAGUGAAAAUUAAUUUCGGAACGAGAUGAAUCUGGUUUUUCCGUCCAAAUUCUGCCUCCUGCUCAUUGUGCAGUUCGUGUGACCUCUUGUCUGUUUCCUUCUUAGAAAAAAAGAAGAGAAAAGCAAUUAAAAUCUCUCCCUUAGAGUUAUUUUGAAGAUUAAGUGAAGUAAAAUACCUUAAAUAAUGAACUGUGAUGGCAGAUGCAUAGCAUAGCUGAGUAAAAAAGCUGCUAAUUUCCCCAUAUUUGUGACUUUGUGUUUUGUAAAAUUUGUAUUUAUAACUCAUUUUCUCUCUCCCUGCUUUCCUCCUUGUUUUCCCUCUCUAUUGUUUUUUUUUUUUUUUUUGGAAAGAAAAUUUCGAAAGCCGUGAACUUAUAUUAAUGACCAUCUACAGCAAUUUUAUUUGAAGUGUAGAAUGCUGAUAUUUCUCUGAUUUUUUUUUCUUCUUUUUUGGCUGCAUCAGGUCUUAGUUGUGGCGCAGGCUCUUCGUUGCAGCGUGCAGGCUUCUCUCUAGUUGUGGCCUGCGGGUUUUCUCUAGUUGUGGUGCGCAGGCUCCAGGGCGCAUGGGCUCUGCAGUUUGUGGCACGCGGACUCUAGUUGAGGUGCACGAGCUCAGCAGUUGUGGCGCGCGGGUUUAGUUGCUCCGCGGCAUGUGGGAUCUUACUUCCCUGACCAGGGAUUGAAUCCGCAUCCCCUGCAUUGGAAGGCGGAAUCUUUACCACUGGACAACCAGAGAAGUCCCCUCUCUGAUUUUUAAAAUAUACAUGCUCUUAUGAAAAAUAUAGUGAAGAAAGUAAAAAUGACCUGUCAAAUAUCACACUUUUGCCAAUAUUUCCCUUUCAGAGAUUCUUAGAAAUGGAUUUUUAGGUUACCAGUUGAUAGUUUCAUUGAUCAUUUUCGCUUGAAUGUUAAAUUAUUCCCAGGAAACGUUCUUUUUAAACAGACAUUUGACCUGUGUGUGCUUUAGAAUCGUAUAGAAUUUUUCCAUUUUAAUUUUGUGACCAGCCUCCUGACUAAACAGAUGUAUAGACAUAUUAGGCAAAUACAAUUUGCCUCUCCUUAUAUUCAAAACUCACCUUUUAUUAUUAUUUUUUCAAACUGCAUUGCAGUGGGUAAUGUAUCCAAACUCAGAUUCUCAACCCUGCUAUUAUAGUGUGAAAACAGCCUAAGACAAUAGUCAACAGAUGCGUCUGGCUGUGUUCCCAUAAACCUUGAUUUGUAAAAACAGGUGGUCCAGGCCCUGGACAGUCUGUUACUGACUCUUGAUUUAGAUGAUCAUAUGGCUUUUCUGCUUCAAUUCAGGGUUGGACACCUGGAGCCCAUGGAUUAACUCUGGUUCAGUGCCUGUUUUUGUUAAUAAAGUUUUAUUGGAACCUAGCACACCUAUUUUUUUGUUUUUUAAAUACGGCUGUUUUUUGGCCACAUUGCAUGGCAUGUGGAACUUCCCCAACCAGGGAUGGAACCCGUGCCCCCUGCCGUGGAAGCAUGGACUCUUAACCACUGGACCGCCAGGGAAGUCCAAAAGUAUGACUGCUUUUGAGCUACAGUGGUAGAGUUGAGUAAUUGCCACAGAAGCCAUGUACAUUACAUUUUCUGUCUCUUUUAACAUAGAAAUUAUGUAUGUUUUUAAAAGUUAUUAGUUUUAUUCUGACAACAGAGAUUACAAAUAAUAUACAGCCUUUAUUUGUCAAAGUGUUACUGUAAUUAGUACUUUUAUACUCUAUCUAUACAGAGAUCUUAGAACACUCAUUCGUUUACCCACCUCAUAAUUUAUACACUAUCAUGGUAAAUUUUAACUCUAUUUUUUUUUAAUUUAUUUGUUUAUUUAUUUUUGGCUGCAUUGGGUCUUCAUUGCUACACGUGGGCUUUCUCUAGUUGCGGCGAGCAGGGGCUACUCUUCCUUGUGGGGCAUGGGCUUCUCACUGCGGUGGCUUCUCUUGUUGCGGAGCACGGGCUCUAGGCACGUGGGCUCAGUAGUUGUGGCUCGCGGGCUCUAGAGAGCGGGCUCAGUAGUUGUGGUGCACAGGCUUAGUUGCUCCGCGGCAUGUGGGAUCUUCCCGGACCAGGGCUCGAAUCCAUGUCCCCUGCAUUGGCAGGUGGAUUCUUAACCACUGCGCCACCAGGGAAGUGGUGGUUAACUCUCUAUAUUUUUAAAACCUCCUGAGAUAUGAUCAUUUUCCCAGCUUGUACUCACUUAGACUUAACUGCUUAUUUACCAGUUUAGUUCCUUUUCAUUCCUUGGUCCUCUGCUUACAUUGGAGGACCCUUUCCUUUUGCUUGAAGAACAUGUGCAUUUGCUGUAUUACAGGUCUUCUGAUGAAGAAUUCUCUCUGGUUUUGCCUGAAAAUGUUUUUUUUUUUUUUAAUUGAAGUACAGUUGAUUUACAAUGUUGUGUUAGUUUCCGGUGUACAGCAAAGUGAUUCAGUUGUACGUACAUAUAUAUCUAUUUUUUUUUCAGAUUCUUUUCUCCUACAGUUUAUUACAAAAUACUGAAUAUAGUUCCCUGUGCUAUACAGUACGUCCUUGUUGGUUAUCUGUUUUAUAUAUAGUAGUAUGUAUAUGAUAAUCCCAAACUCCUAAUUUAUCCUUCUCCCCCCCGACCCCUGAAAAUGUUUUUAUUUCAGUUUUAUUCCUAAAGGAUUUUUUGGCUGAGAAUCCUUUAUAGGUUUAUGCUUAUAAUACUCUUAUCGAGGAUCAAGAAGUGGAUGGUAAUGAGAAAUAACAUGACGGUGCUUCUUAUUUGCUUAACAUGAUGUUCUUCAAAUUUGAGUGUGUGAACCCUGGGAUGUAAAAAGACUUUUGAAGAGCCCACAGAUGCUGGCUCCCCAGGAACAAGAGGGAUCAAAGGAAAGAAGGAGGAAAAGAUUCUGAGACUUAAGUACUGUCAGUUCUGGAGACAUCCUUGAUUGGAGACUGAGAUUUUUGAACAGAAAUGUAGAGCUGAUCCAGAAGAGCUAAAGACAGCAUCCCAGUUUGCAGCCACUUCCCAAAGUCAGAAGAAAAUGAUCCAGGCCCAGGAAUCCCUGACGUAUGACGACGUGACUAUGAAGUUCACGUGGGAGGAGUGGCAGCUCCUGGACCCCGAUCAGAAGGACCUGUACCGGGAUGUGAUGCUGGAGAACUAUAGCAACCUGGUGUCCGUAGGGUAUCAAGCCAGCAAACCAGAUGCUGUCUCCAGGUUGGAGCGAGGAGAACAACUGUGGCCAGUAGAAGAUGACAGCCAUGGUCGAAUCUGUCCAGAAAUCAGGAAAGUUGAUGACCCUCUGCAGCAUCACUUGCCAAAUCACAGCAUUCAAAAUACUGUGGAACAAUGCUGCGAACAUAAUACAUUUGCAAAUAUUGUUAAUCAGAACGAAACUCGUUUCCUAUUAAAGCAAAAUUGUGAUAUGUUUGACUUAACUGAAAAACCUUUAAAUUCAAAUUUAAGUUUUGAAAACCAGAAGAGAAACUGUAACUUAGAGAACUCUGCUGAGUUUAAUGGAGAUGGGAAAUCCCUUCUCCAUGCUAACCACGAGCAAUCUUUUACUGAAAUUAAAUUUCCUGUAAGUGCAAAACCCAUCAACAAUAACUCCCUGUCCACUAAGCAACAGAGAACUCACAACAUAGAGAAAGCCCAUGUAUGCAGUGAGUGUGGGAAAGCCUUCUUCAAGAUGUCUCAGCUCUUUGAUCAUCAGAAAGUUCAUACUAGAGAAAAACCUCAUGGAUGCAGUCUGUGUGGGAAAGCCUUCUCCAGAAAAUCCAGGCUCACUGAACAUCAGAGAACUCAUACAGGUCUGAAACAUUAUGAGUGCACUGAAUGCGAUAAAACCUUCUUCGAGAAAUCGCAGUUCAAGAUACAUCAGAAAAGUCAUAUGGGAGAGAAACCUUACACAUGUAGUGAAUGUGGGAAAGCAUUCACCAAAAAGUGUCGGCUCAUUUAUCAUCAGCGAACUCAUACGGGAGAGAAGCCCCAUGGAUGCAGUCUGUGUGGAAAAGCCUUCUCUACAAAGUUCAGUCUCACUACACAUCAGAAAACUCAUACAGGAGAGAAACCUUACAUAUGCAGUGAAUGUGGAAAAGGCUUCAUCGAGAAGAGGCGUCUUAUUGCACACCAUCGAACUCAUACAGGUGAGAAACCCUUUAUAUGCAAUGUAUGUGGGAAAAGUUUCACCUUGAAGAACAGUCUUAUCACUCAUCAGCAAACUCACAGAGAAGAGAAAUUGUAUAUGUGCAGUGAAUGUGGGAAAGGCUUUUCAAUGAAGCACUGCCUCAUCGUACAUCAGCGAACUCAUACUGGAGAGAAACCCUAUACAUGCAAUGAGUGUGGAAAAGGCUUCACCUUGAAAAGCCCUCUCAUCAGACAUCAGCGGAUUCAUACAGGGGAGAAACCCUAUGUAUGUAGUGUGUGUGGAAAAGGCUUCACCAUGAAGAGUGAUCUUAUUGUACAUCAGCGAACUCAUACUGCAGAGAAACCCUAUGUAUGCAGUGACUGUGGGAAAGGCUUCACUGUGAAGAGCCGCCUGAUUGUACACCAGCGAACUCAUACAGGGGAGAAGCCCUACGUGUGCAAUGAAUGCGGAAAAGGCUUUCCAGCCAAGAUCCGGCUGAUAGGACAUCAGCGAAUUCAUACAGGAGAGAAACCAUAUGUAUGCAGUGAAUGUGGUAAAGGCUUCACAGAGAAGAGUCAUCUCAACGUACACCAGCGCACUCACACAGGAGAGAAACCCUAUGUAUGCAAUGAAUGUGGCAAAGGCUUAACUGGGAAAAGCAUGCUCAUCGCACAUCUGCGAACUCAUACUGGAGAGAAACCAUAUAUAUGCAAUGAAUGUGGCAAGGGCUUCACCAUGAAGAGUACUCUGGGUACACAUCAGCAAACUCACACUGGAGAGAAACCGUACAAAUGCAACGAGUGUGGUAAAGCCUUUAGGAAGAAGACAUGCCUCAUACAACAUCAGAGAGUUCACUCAGGAAAAACUUCCUUUGCAUGUACUGAAUGUGGAAAAUUCUCUUUGCGCAAAAAUGAUCUCAUUACCCAUCAGAGAAUUCACACAGGAGAGAAGCCAUAUGAAUGCAGUGAAUGUGAGAAAACCUUCACCACAAAGUCAGGGCUCAAUGUUCAUCAAAGAAAGCAUACAGGAGAGAGGCCCUAUGGAUGCAGCGAGUGUGGGAAAGCUUUUGCCCACUUGUCAAUCCUUGUUAAACAUAAGAGAAUUCAUAGGUAGUCACUCUGGGGAAGCCUGUUGCCAGUUGUACUCAAGAUAACAGUAUGCAGAGAAGAAUAACAAUGCAAAGAAUGUGGUGUUAUCUUUAGUGAUCAAUUGCCUCAUAUUUUAUGUUGCUGAAAAAAUUUACAAGACAACUUAGACACAAUCAGCCAUGGUGAAAAUGUUUUAGGACAUUUUAUUGUCUAAAAAGUGUAUACUGAGGGCUUCCCUGGUGGCGCAGUGGUUAAGAGUCCGCCUGCCAAUGCAGGGAACACGGGUUCGAGCCCUGGUCCAGGAGGAUCCCACAUGCCGUGGAGCAACUAAGCCUGUGCACCACAACUACUGAGCCUGCACUCUAGAGCCUGCGAGCCACAACUACUGAGCCCGCGUGCCACAACUACUGAAGCCCGUGUGCCUAGAGCCCAUGCUGCACAACAAGAGAAGCCACUGCAAUGAGAAGCCUGCGCACCGCAACGAAGAGCAGCCCCCGCUCUCCGCAACUAGAGAAAGCCCGCGCACAGCAACAAAGAUCCAACACAGCCAAAAAUAAAUAAAUAAUUUUUUUUAAAAAAGUGUAUACUGAGAUAAAGCCUAAGAAUGUGAAAGACUAGGAAAGACUUUAUUGGUAAUAGACUCUAUCAUAUGUGGUCAUCAUAGAUCAUGAGUGAAUGAAUAUUUCUAAUUGGUAGGAAUAUAAUUGUGGGAAAGCCUUUGCCCAGAAGUAACACCUCAAGAGAUGUCAGUUAACACUAGAGAAGUACUUUCCUAAUGGUGAUGAAUAUGGCAGGGUUUGCAGUAAUAAAUAUUGCCUCAUCAUUUGCCAGGAAAUCUGUGCAAUAACACUUUCAGUAUGGUGGCCUUUAACAAAAUAUCAAACAACUUAAUGAAGGAAAGAAGCCUUGGAGAAAUGAUGAAUGAGAACAUUGUGUUACAGGUCUAAACUUAAGGGAUAAUACACCUCACAAACAACUGGAGAAAGGAUACCUUCAGCCGUAUUUCUAGAUGCCUUGUCAUUGAUCUUAUAAAUUUUACAUAGUGGCAGUUACUAUCAUCAUGGAUUAAAUUUUAGUAUAUACGGUGCAGGAGUGUUCAAUUAUCUAAUUAACUUUUGCAUUUCUUUGGUUCCAAGUUUAAGUGUUAUUUCAGAAUAUUUGAAGUACUUCAGAAUGAAACAAUAUAUUCAUUUCAUAAGUAUAAGUCAACAUAUUUGGUGUGUUUAACCAAGUUUAUAAGUAGCAGCAGGGGGGUUAUAAAAUUAAUAUAAAUGUGAUGUUUUUAUAACUUUUAAUUUUUAAGUAAGUUUAGAAUCACAAAAACUGAAAUAUUCCAGAGAUUUCCUAAAUCACCUUCAGUCCACUAUUCCCAAAGGUAAAACCUUAUAUAACCACACAGUUUACUAUCAAAUAGAGGAAAGUGAAAUUGUAACAGUGCUGUUAACUACAGGGUUUAUUUCUAUUGCACCAGUUUUAACAUGGUUUUUAAAUACCGCCUUAAACUUUAUCACAUAUGUAGGUUCCUGUAACCAACACCCCAGUAAAACUUCAGAAUGCUUUGUCAACACAAACUCCCUCAUGCUACAUCCUCAUUGUCACAUCCUUUCCCCGACACUAAUCCUAUAAUUUUGUCAUUUAUAGAAUAUUAGAAAAAUAGAAUCGUUUAGGAUGUAUCCUUUUGAGGUUGACUAUUUGAGCUUGUGAAAUUGUAGAAAAUAGACAUAUUGGUCUCUGCCCCCGGUUUCUGGCACAGAGCUUCUGAAACCCUUGUAAAUUCCUGCAUGAUAAGAGCAUGUGGAGCAUCUCUUGGUCUAUUAAUGGGACUCUGGGUGGGCUCAUGAAUGGCUCCUGGAUGGGUGCUGGUCCCCAAAAAAAGACUUGGAAUUUUCAGCCCACUCCCCAUCCUCCGGAGAGGGGAGAGGGGCUAGAAAUGGAGUUACUAAUUGAUCAUGCCUAACGUGAGGAAGCGUCCAUAAAAUCCCAACAAUAGUAGGGGCUGUGGAGAGCUUCCAGAAGGGUGAACACAUUGAAGUACAGGGAGUGUUAAUACACCCCCAGCUCUAUGCGGACAGAAGCUCCUGUGCUUAGAACACUCCCAGAUCUCACUCUGUUUCUCCUCAGCUUGUUGUUCAUUUCUGUCCUUUAUCAUGUCCUUUAAUAAACUAGUAAACACAGGUAAGUGUUUCCCUGAGUUCUGUGAGCCACUCUAGCAGAUUAACCAAACCCGACAAGGGGCUCACGCAAACCUCCAAUUUGGAGCCAAGUCAGACAAGUUGUAGGUAACUUGGGGACCAGCUAUUUGCGAUUAGUAUCUGAGGUGGGGUGGGAGCAGUU